AUGUUUUCGGGGAGAGAUAGGUCAGAUCCUACAUUCUCGCAACCUUCCAGCCGGACAUCAUCACCAAGUAGUGCUAGAAGAGCAGUAGUUGUAAAAAAGCGCAACUCAAGCCUUAAAUCAACAGCAUCUAGUCCAUAUGAAGCUGAAAAAAAGGUAUUUUACGAAAAAGAAUAUAUAAUGAAAGAGGUUGAAUCAGAACAAGCCGAAGUAAAGAAAUUAAGAAAGGAAGUUGCUUCGUUACAAAAACAAGUAAAUUCAAAACUUUCAUCAAUGGAAGAAAAAACUCGUUCGGAUAAAUUAUAUGUUCAACAUUUUCCAGAAUCAAAAGAAUUGAAAUUACAACUUGAAAUAGACCAAAUUCAAAAAGAUAUAUCUGCAAUGAACGAAGAAAGCGAAAAUCAAAAUACCAAAAUACAGCAAUUACAACAAUUUGCGCAUAAAACUGCACUAGAGGAAUUCAGACAAAGCGUUGAAGACUAUCAAACCUUAUUACAUAAAGAGACCGAAGUUUACAAACAAAAACAAGCAGAUUUACUUAAAUUCCAACGUAAAGUUGAAGAAUUCAAGACAUCCAAACUCUUUCAAGCUGUUGAUAAACAAAGUCAAUAUAUCAAAGCCUUAAAACGCGAAGUUCAAAAAAGAAUGCAAGAAUUUACUGGUCUUAAACAAAAGCAAGAGACUUUCAAAGCUGGAAUUACAGAUGUUGAAAAUCAACCUGAAAUUAUUGAUUUAAAGCGGGAGCUUCAAAAGAAAAAGAAUCACCAACAACAAAGACAGGCUGAAUUGGAUAAUAUUAUGCGAAAUUACAGAUACGAAGAGCAAAUUGAACGUCAAAUUGUAAAUCAUCAAAGGGAACAAAAUAAGAAACAAGCAGCUAUACAGAAAGAAGAAGAAAAGAAGAAAUGGAAGCCACCACCAAAGAAGGCUACAAGGCCUAAAUCAUCAUUAAGUUCCACACCUCAAAUUCCUGAAAUAGAAAAUAUUGAGAUGGAUGAAAAAUGCAUGGUAUUAUUCAAUGGAUUUGAUCCAUCAAUAGACAGGAAUGAAUUGAUACAACUUAUAUCAAACGGUUAUCAACUUAAAGGUUUGACAAUGAAUACAGAUGACUUACAUACAGCCUGUGCUCAAUAUAGUAAUGAAGAUGAGGCAAAGAGAGUUGCAGCAGAUCUUAAUGAUAAAGAAUUCAAGGGAAAUCCUCUAAUUGCAAUUUAUGCAUAUCAACCAGAGUCAGAAAAGAUCUAUCCAUCCUUGGAAACUGCCGACAAAGCUGAAUCUAGUAAAAGCCAGCUUGAAGAGCCUAAGAAAGAAGAAGAACACCAAAAUGAAGAAAAACAGCAUCAUGAAGAAGAAGCAAAGAAUGAAGAAAAGCCUAAAGAUAAUGGCCAUGAAAAGGAAACAAAGGAUGAAGAGCAAAAUCUAUCACUUUCCAACGUAAUUACAAAGAAACUUGAUGAAAAACAAGAAGAAAAAGAAAACGAAGAAAACUCCGAAGAGAAGCCAAAGCAAAACGAGCAGCCUAAAGAAGAAAAGAAAGAAAAACUUUCUCUUGUUGAUGCAAUUAAUAAUCAACUUGAAGAUCAACAAGAAAAAGAAGAGGAAAAGCCAGAACCAAAGCAAGAAGAAAAGGAAUCUAAACAUGAGGAAGAAAACCUUUCUCUUUCGAAUAUUAUCACCAAAAAACUUGAAAAAGACCAAGAAGAGAAAGAAAAUGAAGACAAAUCUGAUGAGGAGCCAAAGAAGACUGAAGAACCUAAAGAAGAGAAAGAAAAACUAUCUCUUGUCGAUGCAAUUAAUAAUCAACUCGAAAACCAACAAGAAAAGAAAGAAGAAACACCGGAACCUAAACCAGAAGAAAAGGUAGAAGAGCCAAAGCCGGAAACUCCAUCAUUAUCCAUUGUUAAUGCAAUUAAUAAGCAAUUAGAAGAGCAACAAAAGGAAAAAGAAGCAGAAGAACAUCAUGAAGAACUAACUCCAACACAACCAGAGCCAUCAAAGGAAGAAGAUUCGUCAAGGCUUAAAUCCAAAGAAUUAAUUCAGGAAAAAGUCGAAGAUAUUGAUAAUUCAAACAAAGAAGAAGAAAAGGAUGAAACUGCUCAAGAAAGAUCACCAGAAAAACCUUUAUCUUUAAACAUUGAUAUUGGAAAACUUCAAGCUCCCAAAGAAGAGGAAAAUAAAGAUUCUGAAACAGAAGAAAAAGACAAAUCUGAUCUUGAAGAUGAUUUCGAAGAAGAAAAGGAAGAGAAAACACCUUUGAAAUUAAACAUUGAUAUUGGAAAACUCGGAAGCCCUGAAGGAAUUAAGGAACAAAGCAGCGAUUCUUCAUUGCAAAAGAGGGUUUCGUUCAAGGAUGUCGUUGGAGGAAUACCUGCAAACUAUGUUCCACCUAAUUCUGCAAGACCUGACGAUGAAGAAGAGGAAGAAAAAGAUGUUAAACCAGAUGAUGACUCUUCUGAUUUCGAAAGCGAUAAUUCGGAUGUUGAGCCAAUGAAAGAUGACGAUGAUUUUGAGGAGCCACCAAAAUCACCAGAUACAACACUCACCGGCCUAUUUAACAAGAAAGAACAAAGUGAUGACGACUUCGAAGACGACGAAAUCAAAUCUGCCAGAAAAGAUGAGGAGAAUGAAAAGAAAGAACACGAAGAAGAGGAAGAAGAAGAGAAGCCUAAACAGACCCCAGCAAUUACAAAGGGUGAAAUCGCUGAAAUAUUAAAUAAUGCUUUAUUAAGUGCUCUAAAUAAGAAGCCGCAGCAGCAAGCUCCGCCUCAAAACACAUCGAUUGAUGAUGACGAACUACAAAAAGAACUUUUCGGCAAAUAA